AUGAGCCAAUUACCCGCCAAAUUCACCGAUCUCCUUGCUGAGCUGACGCUCGACGAAAAAGUUACUUUACUCUCGGGCCGUGAUUUUACGCACGCGGCUGGUGUGGUACGACUGGGCAUACCUCCCCUUCGUGUUGCUGAUUCAGUCUGUGGAAUAAGACCGAGUGGACUGGAAGCUAGCACUACAACAGCUUCAUUUCCUAAUACAGCCUGCUAUGGCUCCACAUGGGACAGUGAAUUGCUGGGCAGACUGGGCGAAGAGCUAGCACGACAAGCAAGACAGAAAAGCGCACAAGUGGUUUUAGGCCCGACAAUUAACAUUCAUCGCGACCCGCGCGCUGGCAGGAAUUUCGAAUGCUUCUCUGAAGACCCAUUCAUUUCGGGCGCGUUGGCCAGCGCCAUCGUCAAUGGCGUACAGCGGGGUGGUGUUGGAUCGUGUCCAAAGCAUUUUGUGGCCAACGAUGCAGAGACGCUAAGACACUUCUACGAUGUCAAAGAAAAAGUAAAUGGGAGGCCGCUGCGAGAGAUCUACCUGGCAGCAUGGCAGUAUCUACUGCGAGGCUGUGAUCCAGAGGGCGUUAUGACAGCUUACAACAAGGUCGAUGGCAUCUUUUGCAGCGAGCAUACCGAGCUAUACAACGAAGUUCUACGUGGCGACUGGGGAUUCAAGGGCAUCGCCAUGUCGGACUGGUUCGCGGUUCACGACACAGUUGCGCCUAUCAAAGCCGGACUUGAUCUCGAAAUGCCGUUUCCAGUUUUCCGCGGAGCACGUCUGGUAGCCAAAGUAAAAUCAGGUGAAGUUUCCGAGGCUGAAAUAGACGCCCGCGCUCUCAAGAUGCUGGAAUUAAGAGACCGUAUCAGAGGCUGUCUUGGUAGUGAGGCUGAGCGUUCAGUGGUCACAAAGGAAACUGGAGACCUCGCUCGGGAAAUUGCUUGUGGCGGCAUGGUGCUGCUGAAGAACGAAGGCAAUACACUUCCGAUUUCGAAUAGUGCCGCAGUGGCGCUUAUCGGCGAAUACGCCAAAGAUCCUGUUUGCACUGGUGGAGGCAGUGCGUCUUGCAUCCCGCAGUAUCGGCAUUCUCCUCUCGAUGUCUUCCGAAAAGAGUUCAAGACUGUUGAAUAUGCACAGGGUGUGCGGACGCGACGUAUCAUUCCGACUGUUUCUAAGGAAAUAAGUCGGGCAAAGAAUGGUUCGCCUGGCGUUGACAUUGCAUUUUACAACAAUGGCAACCCUGAAGAUGCUGUUUUCACGGAAACAAGUGAAGAAGGUCAGGUUUGGAUGUUGGGCCAGUUCAAACCUGGGCUCAAAGUCCCUGGAUCCCACGUGCGACUCUCGACUACCCUAGUACCUUUGAUAACAGGUCUGCACACUUUAGCGGUACGCUGCACCGGGUCGUUCAAAUUGAUGGUCGAUGGAAAGGAUGUCUGCUCGAGUCCUGCUAUUCCUAUCACAACGGAGCAGUUCAUCUUCAACCACAUCCUGCUUGAAGUCCGCACACCCGUUCAAAUGGAAGCAGAGAUCGAGUACAAGGUCGAGCUCAUUAUGCAAGGGCCUGAGAAACUGAGCAUCGGUGAACCAACGCCCUAUGCUGCUGCGCUUUGCUUCGAAGAAGCCUACUCUGAGCAUGAUGCCAUCGAAGAGGCAGUUUCAAUCGCACGCAAAAGCGAUGUCAGCAUCGUCUACGCUGGCCGCAACGAGCAGUACGAAUCCGAAGGGUUCGAUCUCGAAUCCAUAGAACUCCCGACGAACCAAACACGAUUAAUACGAGCUGUAGCUGCCGCCUCUCGUCAAACGGUUCUGAUCCUUCAUGCCGGCAAUCCCAUCGAUGUCAGAGAGGUGAUUGAUGAUGUCGAAGCAGUUCUUCUAGCACAUUUCCCCGGCCAAGAAGGUGCUGCUGCCACAGCAGAACUACUCACCGGGCGCGUUUCUCCAAGUGGCAAGCUGGCAACCACAUGGUUCAAGACGCUGUCAGACGCGCCCAGUUCCCCGUAUUUCCCACCCAAGGAUAACGGUGAUGGAACUGCGACUGUUGAAUACACAGAAGGCGUUGGUGUUGGGUACCGAGCGGAUGGCCUAACGGACAAAGUAAGAUGGCCCUUCGGGUACGGGUUGACCUACACUUCAUUCUCGUACCGCGGACUCGAGGUAUCGAUCAGUGGCGUCUCGCGGGACUCCAAACUCACAUGCACUCUGUUGGUAAAGAACGAUGGAAAAGCAGCCGCGAAGGAUGUAGUACAAGUUUAUAUCGUACCGCCUUCGAAUACGCCUGUGUGGCGCCCCGAGAAGGAGCUUAAGGGCUUUACUAAGACUGAAACGUUGACACCAGGGGAAGAAGCGACCGUCACGGUGGAAAUUCAGUCAGAUAUGGCUUGUAGUUACUGGGACGAGGCAGAGAGAGUAUGGAGGAUUGAACCAGGGUCGUAUGGUGUUGUGGUGGGGGACCAGAAGACUAGCUUUGAGGUUUCCGAAGGGAGAGUAUGGAAUCACUUGUGA